AUGUCGGAAAGAAAGAAAAAAAUCGCAUUGGAAAUACCUGAAAAUGCGGUUAUCGCAGUGGGACAUGUCAAGGAACCAAAAAGUAUUAUUUUCGAAAAUGGCCCAAUGAGCAAUGGCGAUUUCACCAAUGAAUUUCAUUUGCUACCAUGCAAAAUAAAGUACGACGGACCGGCAAAAGUAUCACAGUAUUUUAUUACUGAGGAAUUGGGAGAUGGAAAGAAAGUCGCAACAUUUAGAGGACGUAUUUUGAAUGGAGUGAAGCAGCAGUUUCCUGAUGGCUAUGUGUUAUAUGCUGUUGUAGAGAAAGAAAACAGAGAUAACAGUCGUGUUUUUGAAAUCAGUGGCUCAGCAACUUCACUUAUGCGAUGGGAAUAUGAUCGUAGUACUAGUUAUCAGUCAUCUCUUGUUCGAGCAAUCAGCUAUGUUAAUGUUGCAGAAACUUUUGCUAGGGAUGAUGAUUAA